AAGAUGAUGAUGAUGAAUUAAUUAAGAAAGAAGGUAAAAUGGUUAAAGAUGGAAAUGUUUCGGAAAUUUUAGAACAUAAUAAAAAAUCUUAUGAGGAAUAUUUAGAAGCUACCCAAUCAAGCAGUCCAGUAACUUCAAUUAGUGACAAUCCUCUUUGUAUGAGAAAUAUUAAUGAGAAAGGUAAUCUACAGAAUUCAACCGAUGAACAAACACAAAAAAUUACUGAUGAUCAAAAUAAUGAUGAUACCAUUUCAAGUACUUUGAUUAAAAAUGAUGAUUCCAUUCAAUCUGACAUACUACCAAAACCAUUCGUAGCAUUCAAAGUUAAUCAAAAGAAAUUCACCGCAAAAAAGGAUAUUUUGGAAUGUAUUUCUGGUAAACAAACUUCUCAAUCUUCAUCUAUAUCAAGCUCAUUACAAUCAAAUCAACCAGAAGUUAAAGAUAAGGAUGAUCCAAUGGAUGGUCCGUUACCGAGUCCGGAAAAGAGUGAAUCUCCAAAUUAUGAUGAUCAUAAACACUUAUCAAGUUCUUCAAAUUCUGCAUCUUGGGAUAGUCGAUCUAAAUAUUCUUAUAGCGAGUACAUUCCAAGAUCGAAAUCUAUCAUGGAGAGAAAUUCGGAUUAUUUAGCUCAUAAUUUCAGGAGAUCAAUUAAACCUCGACCAUAUAGAAAGUUACGACCUUAUGAUAAUAGACAUAAUAGAAUUUUUCCAUCUUUUCGAAGUGAAAUAAAAACUUUUAAUCCAACAUAUUCACAAAACAGGGUUUGGAAAAAUGAAUACAUUUCUCCAAAAUUUUCUGAGCGCUAUUCUAGAGACAGAGAUUUUACUUCUACCGCUGAUAGUUCAAGUCAACACACCGAUCGAUUUUCGUCGUCGUCUUUUAUAAAUAAUUCUCCAAUUCAUGAUUCCACUCUACCUGAGUCUUCACAACAACCCGAUAACAAUCCUAAUCUUAUCCCAAUUUCUUGCAGAUUUGUGGCAUCUUGA